AUGGUAUACUGCAGUCACUGUGCCAAAAAUGUUGCUGGCGAGCGACUAGAUGAUGGUUUCUUAUGUUGUGGAAGCUGUGGGAGGGUGUUGGAAGAUUACUUUUUUGCUGAGGAACCUACAUUUGUCAAGAAUGCAUCGGGGCAGAGGCUUGAUCUAUUUUCAUUAAGGACUGAUGGGGAUUUGGAUUACUUGAGGUUUAAGUCUUUGAUUGCAAGUAUGAGUAAAUUAUCAGGAAAUUAUGUAAGAACAGUUCAAAGCGAGUUCUCUGAGUCACGUCAAAGGACUUUAGAUAGAGCUUAUGAUGAAAUUAAAUAUCUAAGUUUUGGCCUUGGAGUUAAUGAUGAACAUAUGGCUGACCAAGCAUUGACCUUUUAUAAAAUAGCACUAGAGCGAAAUUUCACCCGUGGACGAAGAUCAGAACAAGUACACGCUGCUUGUCUCUAUAUUGCAUUUCGGUAUUUGCUAGGAUCAGUUUUCUUGCAGCUUUGUCAAGUAUUGAGGCUUGGAGAGCACCCAAUUGUUCAAAAGCCUAUUGAUCCUAGUCUUUUUAUUCAUAGAUAUACUAAAAAUUUGAUAAAGCGAGGUAGUAAGGCAGUCUCUGAUACUGCGCUGACCAUUGUUGCAAGCAUGAAACGUGACUGGAUGCAGACAGGGAGGAAACCUAGUGGACUAUGCGGUGCUGCAUUAUACAUAUCUGCUCUUGCACAUGGUAUUAAAUGCUCUAAGCCUGAUAUUCUCAGAAUAGUCCAUGUAUGUGAAGCAACAUUGACCAAACGAUUGGUAGAAUUUGAGAACACAGAGUGCUCUAGCUUGACAAUUGAGGAGUUGGAUACCAUGGCAAAGGAGCAAGAAAACAAUCCAACGGUAAUGCCAGAAGGUGAACUAAAAGGAUGUAUUUCAAAAGAUCUAUUGUGUGAGCACAAAGAUAGUGGGGCAUCCCAUUUUGCGCUUGGAUUGUGCGAAGCAUGCUAUAAAGAUUUCGAUAAGCUCUCUGGUGGGCUUGGUGGUGGUUUGGAUCCUCCUGCAUUCCAGCGUGCUGAGAGGGAAAGAAUGAAAAAAGCACUUCAGGAAGAGAGUGUUGAUGAAGCAUGUGAUUUUCAUCCCAAAAGAGAAAAGAUAAUCCAUGUCCACAAACUCACUCCAUAG